UAUUAAAAUGAGCAGCCCACGCAAAAAGUUCAACUACCAAUCCCCAUAUUCAAGCAAUUUACCACAAUAUCCUUCACAAUCUACUAGCUACGUAUCUCAGCAUGCAGGCGGCAAUCUACCGCACCCUGCCCAACAGGAUGGUUUCUAUGAAGACAAGCAAGGCAUACAGGAACAAGCAAAUGUGCCACACUUCUAUCAGAAUAGGCCACAACAUGAGCGCCAGUUUGGAAAUCACCGUGGCCGCAAUUUUGGACAGCAUGGUCGACAAUUCGGACAGCAACAUGGACAUGGCCGCCAAUAUCAUGAUGGCCGACGGUUCAGUCAACAGAAUCAGGACAAAUUUUCACUGUACUUCCACAACUCUAUGCUGGAAGAUCCGUGGAAAGAUUUGAUGGCACGUCAUCAAGCAAUUCAUAAUAGCGUGCUGUGCGACUCUCAGGAUAAAGACGAUAAGGCAUAGUUUGCGUUUAACAGUUUAUAAAUGUAUUUAACUAUUUUAUAAAAAAUUUCACAAACUCAA